GUUAAUUAGCCUAUAUUACUAAUAAUAGCAGGAAUUCAGAGAGAAAAAACAACAACAAUGGAGACGUCGAAGACCAUCUCUGCCGCACUGAAACUCUUCGACGCAAAGAAAGAGAAUCUCAAGAAAGCCUACUACGAUCUCCAAAGUCACUCCUCUCUUCUCGCUCCUUCCUUCUCUCUCUCAUGGUCCCACCUCGACGCCCACUUCACCUCCCUCCACACCUCCCUCUCACACCGCUUCCACCUCCUUCAGUCCCUCGAAUCCCAACAACAAUACCCACCAUCCUCUCCCUCCAAAUACCUCAGCUUUCCACCCUCCCCCACCGACCCAUCAUCGCAAAACGGCACCGCAUUGCCCAAAAAUCCCUCCGAACAAAUUCUCACGCUCUGCAACAACAUGGACGGAAAAGGGUUGAGGGACUACGUCGGGGACCAUUUAAAAGACAAGGCUGCAAUCGAGGAUACGCUUCGGAGUGCACUCAAGAGUGCCUCUGAUGCUGCCGCAUCGAUGCUUCUCGAUUCGUUGGACGGUGUUGUGGGCGCGAAUGUGGUGAAAGAUGACAAGGAAUUGCGCAAGAGGAAGAGGACUUGCAGUUUUUUGUUCAAGCAGUUGAGGGCUGCUGCGUCUGUGUCUUUGAGUUUUAAGGAGAAGUUAAGAGCCAAUCGGUUGUGUGUGGACUGGAAGCGAAGCUUGAUGAGGGAUGGUUGUGUGGAUGGUGUUGGGGCCAUGGCUUUCUUGCAUUUUGUGGCGGCUUAUGGCUUGCUCUCUGAAUUGACCGUGCAUGAGAUUCUCACCUUCUCUGUUAUAGCUGCUUCCAAUGAUGAGCUUGCUGAGCUUUACUGGAGUGCUGGUUUGACGGACAAAGCUCCAGGUCUUGUGCAGAAACUUAUUGACAGGAGCAAACAUAUUCUGGCUGUCAAGUUUGUUUUUGAGUUCAAUCUUGCUCAUAAGAUUCCACCAGUUCCCAUUUUGGAAGCUCAUGUGAAUGAGUCUCAGAAACUUGUUAAAAGACUUUCUGAAGAAGGGAAGUCACUUAGUGAGAUCACGGCGAGAGAAAUCCAUGCACUGAAAUCGGCGAUUAAGGUUAUUGAGAGUCAUAAUCUUCAAUCUGAAUAUCCACCUGAAAGCCUUCAACAGCGUAUAGAGCAAUUGAUGAAGCAUAAGGCAAAUGUAAAAUAUGCUGCAUCGGCUUUUUCUGCAAAGCCUCCUCCACAUCAGCAGCAACAAAGUGGAAUCAAGCGUCCUCGAAUGUCCGAGCCAGUUGGUUCUGCUUCUGUCCUGAACAGUGCCAGUGGUGCCAGCUCAACCGUUCACUACCAACAACCUCAUUUCCAGUCAUCAGGUUUGUUGCUGGAACAUCUAAAUCCGUACAUGAACUUGCCAACCAUGCCAUAUGGCAUGAAGGCUCAAACCCCAUCCAUCCCGCCUUAUACAGGCGCUUCAACUGGGCCUUAUGGUCCUGAUGGUGUCCCAAUGGGUCCUAGUGGCAACCGUGGUCAAGGUGGUUCUCUUCCAAUUUCAUCAGAACCACUUAUGCCGUCUGGUUAUUAUGAUAGUGGCUCUGCUUAUGGUGGUUAUGGUCUGCAACAUUAUUACCAAACAUCUUAUCCUCAGUAGAUUGAGAUAUCGUUUUCUUUUGAAUACUGAACUCCUGGGUUGGUGGCUUGGUAUUAGUUUCUCUAUGACUUUGCACUUCUGACUUAUAGUUAUUAAAAGCAUUGCUUGCUUUGUUGAUCUCCAUGAUUAAAGGAAAGGAACUAGAUUCAGCAAUGAAGGAUUGUGAGGGAAUGAUUAGUUUCACAAUUUUAAUUACUUGAAUGAUUUUACAUCUACAAGAUUCCUUUUAGGUUAAUCACAGUAUUCUUUAAACUUA